UCCAGGUGCUGCAGUUGAGCCCUUCCGCUCUCCGUAGAGGAAUGUGGAGACUUCAUUACGUCAGCGGUUGCCCCGCAGCGACAGCGGCGCAGUCUCGGAGGUGAUUGUUGUCCUCCUCGGGGGUAUCUUCAAACAGAAAUUAGUCAGUGCGGUCUUCCUGCCGCGUCCUGAGCCUGGAGUUUGAGAGUCUAGAGCGGGCGGAUGAAAGCUUGAGGCGGCACAUGACAGCUCCUCCUUCCCUCAUUAUGAGGACUCAGUAGAAGCUGGAACACGACGACGGAGUAGAUGGAUGAGCUAGAAAGUUUCUGUGCGGGCUGUAGAGGCAAAAUCCAGGACUCGUUUCACACGAAGGUCCUCCAGGAAACCUGGCACAACGCCUGCUUCCAACGGAGAUAAGAAGAGCAGCAGCAAUAAGUUUAAGUGUUGGAAGACGAAUGCAGAGUAAACAAGCAGGUGAUCGGUGGACUUUCCUCCAAAGAGAUGUUCUGUGUGCUCUGACCUCCUGACUAACUGGUACUAUGAGAAUGAGGGCAAACUGUACUGCCGAAAACAUUACCUGGAGAAGUUUGGAGAGUUCUGCCAUGGCUGCUCUCUGCUCAUGACCGGACCUGCUAUGGUGGCUGAAGAACACAAGUACCACCCUGAAUGUUUUGUUUGUCUAAGCUGCAAGGUGGUGAUUGAGGAUAGAGAUACUUAUGCUUUGGUCGAGCGGUCCAAACUCUACUGUGGAAGGUGCUACAAACAGGAGGUCCUCAAGCCAAUGUUGGAAAAACACUCUCAAGACUCCGUCAUUCACUCCCUGCCCCACACAGUGACCCUCAUCUCCAUGCCCUCUGCAGCCAACGGCAAGAGGGGCUUCUCGGUGUCGGUGCUAAGGGAUGUCGCUGGUUCUGCAAAUGUUCAAGUGAAAGAGGUCAGAGGCAUGCUUAUUAGUCCAGAAGUACGAAAUGCCAUCCAUGUCGGGGACAGGAUCCUGGAGAUCAAUGGUCUUCCUGUUGAGACGCUGAUGGAGCAGCAGGUGGAUAACCUCAUUCACUGCACCAGUCACACACUGCAGCUGCUUAUAGAGCAUGAUCCAGUCAGGCUGAGGCUGGGGUCCCCCAGGAACCAGCUGGGAGUCCCCGCAACCUCCCGUAUGCGACUGUCCUCUCCGUCUGAUGCGGUGUUGGAGAGGACAGAUGUUGCAGAUGAAGGCACGCUGAAACGCAGAUCAUUACGGCGGAGCAACAGCACAUGCAAGUCUCCGGGGCCAAAUUCUCCAAAAGAGUCACCUUUGUUUGCAAAAGACAUCGGGCGCUCUGAAUCUUUGAGGUCUCCCAGCAGUUGCUCUCAUCGCAUUUUCCGACCAUGUGACCUCAUCCAUGACGAGGUUUUAGGAAAAGGCUUUUUUGGACAGGCCAUCAAGGUGAUUCAUAAAGCCACAGGGGAAGUGAUGGUGAUGAAAGAGCUGAUCCGAUGUGAUGAGGAGACACAGAAAACCUUCCUAAAGGAGGUUAAAGUGAUGCGAAGCCUCGAGCAUCCCCAUGUUUUGAGGUUUAUCGGUGUGCUGUACAAAGACAAGAGACUCAAUUUAAUCACUGAGUACAUUGAGGGAGGCACCCUAAAGGAUGUCAUCAGAGAUACGGACCCGUUUCCAUGGGAACAGAGGGUCAAUUUUGCCAAAGGCAUCACUUCUGGCAUGGCCUACCUUCACUCAAUGAGCAUCAUCCACAGAGAUCUCAACUCUCACAAUUGCCUUGUUAAACUGGACAACACCGUAGUGGUUGCAGACUUUGGACUGUCCCGGCUCAUUGUGGAGGAGAAAGCCAAACCUCCACCUGAAAAACCUUCAAACAAGAAGAGGUUGUUCAGGCGGAUUGACCGAAAGAAGCGCUACACUGUUGUGGGCAACCCUUACUGGAUGGCCCCAGAAAUGCUCAAUGGUAAACGGUACGAUGAAAAGGUGGAUGUUUUCUCCUACGGAAUUGUUCUUUGUGAGAUCAUUGGAAAAGUCUACGCGGAUCCCGAGUGCCUCCCCAGGACUUUGGACUUUGGCCUAAAUGUUUGCAAGUUUGCAGAGAAGUUCCUCCCUGAAGACUGUCCUCCAGCUUUCUUUCCCAUGGCGGUGGCCUGCUGUGACCUCAUACCCGACAACCGGCCACCUUUCCAGAAGCUCGAGGACUGGUUUGAAGCUCUAUCACUCAACCAGGAGCUGAGAAUCCCGCUGCCAGCCGAACUGGAAGAACUGCAUCAGAGCUUGAGUCGACUGUACUGGUUUAGAGAUCCAAGCCCAAGUACGGAUGAGCCAUCUACGCCAACAGCGUCCUCUCCUGACUGCCCCGCCAUGACAGACGAUAGUACCUAGUGUACACGCCCACAAGGUUACCUUCCGUUUGGCCUCCUAACUUCUGCACUAACAAGACAGAGAAAAGUUCUUGAAUCAGAGCCAUGGACUGGAGAGUCUGACAUUGCUGGACCAGCCCUGUGUGGGAAAAGAGCUCUGUGAAGAGCGCUAAGACACAUUUCACAAUUCCAAGUGUUACUAAUUAUCUGUAGCCCCAAUGUACAGCAACACUGGGCUAUUUUAAUGUUUACACUGUACAUUAAAAUCAACUUAAAGAUAGGUGUUUGAUUCCUGAUAGAGAAGCUUUUUGUGAAGUAGAGUCCUCUGAAGCCCCGCGUGGCAGCUUACUGUCUGCUGGGUGUAUGUGUGUGUGUGUGUGUGGGGAAUGCACGUGUCAGUCCUCGCCCAGAUACACCUAACCAGUAAAGAAAACAAAUACAAUGAAGACACAGCGAUGGUCAGGAUUAACCGCCUUAAGUCUGUUGCGCAGAACAGAAAAUAUUUUUGGAAAUGAACGUAAAACAGUCACCUCCUUUUAAGAUUUUCUUUUGACAGUUUUCAAAGUUUAGUCGUUAAAUUCACAAUUUUUCUUGAACACAGUUUAGCUCUGUCUGUUAAUCCUGCUGCAGUGUGUGCAACAUUUCCGUGUCCGUGUUGAAGUUUUUCCGUUUGCACGAGUCAUUCUUGCAGUAGCAGGUCACACCUCAAUGUUUGUCUAAUGUUUUUAAUGCGAUUAACAUUAUGCACCAGCUGAUGCAGUUCAUUCCACUCUGCCCUUUUCUAAUCGCCCUGUUUGUGUUGUUAGAUGUGUGUUUUGGAUUUUUUUAUCCCAGGAUCAUUUUCUUCAAAUCCACAUAUUUUCAACUCGAGCAACAAACUUUUCUCUGUGAUGCAAGAAUGCAAAUCACUUUUCUUUUUAACCAAAUUACCACAACUACUUAGGCUUUGACAAUUGUCUUUUUUUCACUUUUUUUCACUGCAAACUAAAACCUUUCACUUUUGGGUUUAUUGUCACCAUAAUUAUGACAUGUACUGACUUUGUUCUUUUGCAUUCAUUUCUGACGUUUUUCUCCAGAACUCUUCUUGAAACAGAUGCAUGAGAUCUUGAUGCUAUUCAGGAAACUGAGCACAAAGACAGAAGGUGAAACCUGAACCAGCUGUGUCGGCUUAACUUUCUCUGACCCAGAAUAGUUUCAUCACUUUGAGAUUUAGAAGUAAAUACUAAGGAUGUGAUUUUUCUUCUGAAGACCACUGAUCUCUUCUUUUGUGGUUCAUUUACUCAGAGGGCUAAUGAUUGAAAGAAUAAUGAAUUCUUGCAGGACGGAAGCUCCUCUGUAGUGUUGGACUGUUGUGAGCGGUCGAACAUAAUCAUUCAAGAGCUGACCUAAAACGCUUGCUUUGUACAGGGGACCAGGUUUUUCAUUUAAGCGGUUUUGUAAAUGUGUACAUAGUUUUUGUCUUUAGAGAGGGCGUUUGUACUUUUAUUUUGACAUUUCUGCAGCAUAUUGCUACAAUAAUGCAAGAUGACUAGUUGUAACCACUUUUAUUUAUAAUGCUGUGGUUUUUUUAUGAUUAAAAUGUGUUCAUUUAUUUUUAUUUAUUUUUUUAUUUGAUUCUUUUUUGUGACAGUGAAGCAGUAGCUUAAAGACUGCUUUUUUUUUGGGAUUACAGCUGAAUGUUUCUGAAAUCCGUUUUUGUUUACCAAAUUAGAAGAACACUUUUUUAUAAGCAAUCAGUUUACUGAAACUUAGUCUUUUGAUAUUUCAUUAUAUUGAAGUAUUUGUCCAUAUCACAAAUUCUGAAAAUAAAACAGUAAAAGUAUCAUCAAAA